CUUAGCAACUGCCUCAACAUGGCAAAAAUGAUCGGUGCUAAGAAAUCAUUGUGGCAACAAGUCUGUGAAGAAUAUGAGUCGGAGCAGCCCAGUCCACCAAGCGCUGCUUGGACAGACAGUGGUUCAGUGAGCACUCAUGUCUCCCAGUACAGCGCCAGCAAGCACACUCCUGUCUUCUAUGGUCUCCUGGCAGCUAAGGUUGCUGUGGAUGAUGACCCUGUGAAACAUUUUGACCCUCUUCUGAGCCACCCUGCCCUUGCUGGAUACUCUGUCUUGGACAAACCUCCAUCCUCCUGUCUGACCACACACCCUGCAUCCACUCCCCAGCUCCAUCAACGCCCAAUCACCCAGUUCCUGGAGGGGUCCGUAUUCCCAGUGCUACUGCCUGGACUGGAGGCCAUGCUGAGAGAGGCCCAGAGACAACACUGCCUGGAGGUACUGGCACUAGGUCUAUGUCACACAAUAACACUAACAUGAUAUAAUGGCCAUUUACUAGACAUCAAUGUGGCCCUGC